AUGAAAGCAAAUAAACCAUUUCAAAAUAGACAAAGUGAUUCAAUAGACAAACCAAUCAGAAAUCCAUCCACCGUUGUCAUUAAAUUUGAAGAGACUAAAUUGUUUGACGAUGAAACAUGGUCUUUUAACUUUACAACAAUUCAAACCCCAAUCUGUAAAUAUGCUGGCAUGGUGAAGUAUCUUAAAAGACCAUGUUUCAAUCUAAUCAUUACUUGUGCCACCAUCGUCAAAUACAGUAGAUUAGUUGUUAUCAUGUCGAAUAACGAUACAGUACCUUCAUCAUCAUCAUCUACAACAGAAAAUACAGCAGCAGCAGCUACAGAUGUCGUUGUUGGUACACAUCAGGUUACGAUGGGUUUCACAGAACCAGUGUACGAGCUUAGAGAGUUGACAUCUGACUUUUUCCCAAACAAGAUAGGAGGUAAUCCUGUAUGUUGUCGUAAACUAGUAGAAUACUACUAUACUAUUCUAUACUAUACUACUAUCAUUUCAAUAAAGAGAAUGUUUAUUAAUAUUAAUUUUUAUGCACCAUGGAGUGAUUUUGAAUAUACAUAUCAUCGUACUAUUUAUUUGUUUUGUUGCAAGAGUGCACAAUGCAAUAAUUACAAGGUAUUUAGACAACAAUUGCCGCUUGACAAUCAAGUAUAUGAGAUUGAUCAAGAAGAGAGACGUUAUGACGACGAUUUCAAGGUAGACGAGAAAAAGAUGAGCAAGAGACAGGUGACAUGCGAGUUUUGCGGUUUACACGCCACCAACAAGUGUGGCAAGUGCAAGCAAGUCAACUAUUGCUCCAGAGACCAUCAAUCGAUCGAUUGGGAAUUGCAUCACCGUGAACACUGUGGCAAGGCAACCACCUUGUUGCAUAGAAAGAAACAUCAACAUCAUUUUAAACAAUUCCUCAUUAUCUGCGAAGACGAUGAAUUUGAAAACUAUGAUCCACUCACUGCCAAACAAUAUAUCAACGAGGAUGACGAAGACGAAGACGAUUAUGAUCUCGAAGAAGGAGAAAAUGAACAACCAAAAUCAGCAACUGGUAAUGAAUUGGUACCUAUUUCAUCCAAUGUACAAACGGGAGAGGUCGAUACACAUGCUCCAGGUAUGGAAGAUUACCAAGAUUAUCUUGGUGAAACUGGACUCAAAGAUGAAUUCUCUGAAAGAACAUUUACCAAUAUGAAAGAUAGAGAAUUAUAUCAAUUUAAACUUACUACUAAACCUGAUCAAUCUCAAGUUUUAAGAUAUUGUAGAGAAGAUAAAUAUAGAGUUUUAUGGGUAGCAGAGGAAAAUAAACCAAAGGAUUUAACAACAGAUAUUCCAAAAUGUUCAAAUUGCAAGAGUGAAAGAAAGUUUGAAAUGCAAAUUCUACCACAACUCUUACAUUUCAUCGAAGUCGAUAGUGACAAGUUGGCAUCAUUCAAUGACAUUGAUUUUGGUGUUUUAAAUAUUUAUACUUGUUCAAGUUCAUGUCAAUUCUCAAAUGAAUCUGGUGUAAUUGAAGAAUUUUUAUGGAGACAAAAUUUUUCAAAAUAA